GUGUACGGACGGAAAGGAGCCUCUGUCGUUGUUCUAUUCAACGUUGGGCACGAUACAGAAAGUCCUGACAAGACACUACAAAAAACUGGCGACGAGGAUGGGAUGUUAAUCCACCGUUGGAGAAGCCCAUGUCCGAAGCAACGGGACAACAAAGCCAAGAAGCAGGCUCGACAGACGCCGCGCAGCCGCGUCAAGUAAGCCAUAUGACGAGCUCCCUACCAGCCCUUCCACCGUUCGACCCGCACUCAGAAGUGUCCUCGCUCGCUCAGCGUUGGACCAAGUGGUUAGCUCGGUUCGAGAACUUCAUUUUGGCGGCCGAUGCCAAAGAUGCAGAGCGCAAACGUGCAAUGCUGCUCCACUAUGCCGGCGAAGCAGUGUACGACAUAUUCCUAUCGCUCUACACGGGAACGGAUUACAAGACAGCCGUCAAAUGCCUGACAGAGCACUUGGCCCCUAAGAAGAAUACAGUUCUCGAGCGACAUGUGUUUCGACAGGCCAGACAAGAGCCUGGAGAGACGUUGGACCAGUUUCAAGUCCCACUCAGAAGAUUGAGUGCAACGUGUGAGUUCACCGCUAUUGAGGGCGAGAUAGUCUCGCAGAUCAUAGAAGGCACAUCGUCGCAGAAACUGCGCAGGGCUGCACUUCGCGAGACGGACAUCACGCUGGAGAAACUUCUUAGCACGGGACGCAGCAUCGAGAUCUCCGAAAUGCAAGCUAGCAGCAUAGAGAGCCCAACGUCAGCCCAACCUGUGCAGAAGAUCACACCAAAGAAGCAGCCGCAUGAGGGUCCGCCUCCGAAGAAAAAUCACCAACGAAAUCGUCCGAAACAAAACCACACUGAAGACACCCAAGCAGAGAAGUGCUCAGCAUGUGGAAGGACCUGGCCCCACAAAGGUGGCAAGACAAACUGCCCAGCCUGGGGACAGACCUGUCAUAAGUGUCAGAAGAAAAACCCCUUCGCUAAAUGGUGCAGAAGCCCUAGAGAGACAAAGGAAACAGUGCGAUCCCUGGCUGCAUCGACCUCCACAGCAGACCCUCUGCAAGCCCCGGGCUCAGAUGAGUCACUGUUUCAUGUGCGAACCAACACGAGCAAGCUUCCAGUUGUCACCGUCAAGGUUAACGAUACGUCAAUUGACUUUUACCUGGACACUGGAGCUGGGGUCAACGUUGUAGGAGAGCAAACCUGGCGUAAACAGCUCCGAACAUCGUUAGACGCUACAGCAACGCGUCUCGUACCAUACGGUGUUACCUAAGAG